AUGAUACUUUUAAAAGUUAUCACAAAAUCUAAAGGAAAAAAUUCUAAUUAUAAUUCUAUAGUUUUGAAUUAUAUUAAAGAAUUAGUUAGCUUUACUAUUAAUUGUAAAUUUCUAGCUGCAAGUUAUUUUCAAUAUACAAAUAAAUUGGGGCUUAAAGAAAAACAAGAAAGAUUAAUGAAAUAA